GUUUGCUGUUUUGUUUCGCAUUUGUUGCAGUGUGGUAUUUUUACUGUAAUUGUAAAAAUCUCGUAAAGUUUAUCUAAUUUUGUGAUUGGUAUCCAUUCUCUAGAAUGCCUAAAGUACGUCGCAGUCGUAAAUCUCCACCAGAGGGGUGGGAACUGAUUGAACCAACCUUGGAAGAAUUGGAACAGAAAAUGCGCGAAGCCGAAACAGAGCCUCAUGAAGGGAAACGUAAGCAAGAAUCUUUGUGGCCUAUAUUCAAGAUUCAUCAUCAGAAGUCUCGUUAUAUCUAUGACCUGUUUUACCGACGGAAGGCGAUCAGCAGAGAACUGUAUCAGUACUGUCUUGACGAGAAGAUUGCAGACGCGAAUCUCAUCGCAAAGUGGAAGAAAACUGGAUAUGAAAACUUGUGCUGCCUCCGCUGUAUACAAACUAGAGACACAAAUUUUGCAACAAAUUGUAUUUGUAGAGUGCCAAAGAGUAAGCUGGAAGAAGGGAGGAUUGUAGAAUGUGUGCACUGUGGCUGUAGAGGGUGCUCUGGGUAGACUAGUUAGUACAUUGUUAAGCUAGGUUAAUUUUUAUGACGUUUCAUAACAUAACAAAUACAAUUAUUGUAUUUUGCAUCAACAAUAUCCUUUUACUAACCAUAUCAGUUUCCCAGAAGUUUUGUUUCAUCUGAAAGUUAUGGGAAUGACAUUGCAAUGUAUAUUGUGCUUAAAUGUAUGAUUGUGAAUGAAAAUAUAAUUUAUCUUGAUAUA